AUGGAGGCCGAUGUCGAUGCAAUUGAUAUCGAUGAUGAUGACGAAGAUGCUGGCAUAUUCAGCAUCGCCAAUGACUGCCAAAGUGAGGACGAUUACACCCUCACUGGUGAAGACAACGUUCUUUCAGCAGUGCACACGAAGCGCACUGCUGGUGACAAUGAUGAAUCAGCAGAGGAAUUUCUGCUGACUCGCCAAGCAUUUGUCCGCUUCGUUCAAUAA